AACCAGGCUUUCCCGACUCGCACGGCCAGGGUGCACGGCCGUGCACAUCACCAUUCUGGCCGUGCACUCCAAAACGCAGCGUUUCAUUUAGUCGGCCUUCAACCAUCUUGCACGGCCAGGUGCACGGCCGUGCAGAUCUUCAGGGGUGCCCGUGCACGUCCUCGGCAUAAGGCGCACGGCCAACUUGCAACCGUGCACGGCCGUGCAGCCUCCCUGGUCUGCCCGUGCAGCUCCCCAAAAACCUCGCCAUUC